CUCUCCCCUCCCACAACUUCCCCCGCAGCAAAACAUGGCUCAAACGGCCGUUCGUUUCGGCAUUCUUGGCUGCGCCAACAUAGCGCGCCAGCUCUCCCGAGCCAUCAUGCUGUCGCCAAACACUGCCCUCUGCGCCGUCGCGAGCCGCUCGAUCGAAAAGGCCCGGAAGUUCGCAGCCGACAACGGCCUCCCCUCGACAGUCAAGAUCUACGGCGACUAUGGGGCGGUCCUCGACGACCCCAACAUCGACGCUGUCUACAUCCCUUUGCCGACCACCUUGCACGCGAAGUGGGCGGUGGCAGCCGCCGAGAAGAAGAAGCACAUGCUGCUGGAGAAGCCGGUCGCGCUGGACGUGGCAGAGCUCGACCUGAUCCUCAAGGCCUGCGAAUCGAACGGCGUGCAGUUCAUGGACGGGACGAUGUGGGUGCACCACCCGCGGACGGAGCGGAUGAGGGAGGCGCUCCGGGACGAGAGGAGCUUUGGUCAACUCAAGAUGAUACACAGUGUGCUUGCCUACAAUGCCGGUCCAGACUUUCUAAAGAAUGACAUUAGAGUCAAACCGGACUUGGAUGCUCUUGGAGCUCUAGGAGACAUCGGAUGGUAUUGCAUCAGGUCAAUCCUCUGGGCAGUUGACUAUGACCUCCCCAAAGCAGUGGUGGCCAUGCACAAGCCCGUCUACAACGAUGCAGGAGUGAUUCUAUCUACAGGAGCUUCACUAUCCUGGGAAGAUGGCAAAGUUGCCACUUUCUAUUGCUCCUUCUUGUCUUACAUGACGUUCGACCUCACCGUCCUCGGAACCAAAGGGGCUCUUCGGGUCGACGACCUCAUCAGCCCGUUCCAAGAGCGUUACGGGUCUUUCAGCUUGGUUUCCGAGUCGGAUUUCGCCCAGCUGGAGCAAGGUCGGUGGGCACCCGCGCCGAGGGAGCACCGUGUUGGAUCGGAGGUUCCUCAGGAGGUCCUUAUGGUGAACGAAUUUGCGAAGUCGGUCGGGAAAAUCAAAGGGGAGGGUUUGAAGCCGGAUAGGGAGUGGGCAAACAUAAGUAGAAAGACUCAGCUGGUGAUGGAUGCAGUGAAGGCCUCCAUGGAGAAGGGUUUUGAGGCUGUCGAGCUAGUUGAAUAUAUCUGAGAUUUCUCUGUUGCCGCUGCUCGAGAGACUGGUUUCAUUCAGGACUUAGCGACCGUGGAAUCGAAGCGCGGUGCCAUAGAACCCCGAAGAUCGAAUGGUUCCGGAUAAUCGCCUGGUUCAGAUUAACAUGUGUAAUUAGCAUACCGUUAAGUAUGGCUUUGAUGUUUUUUUUAUAAUUGAUUUUGUUGUGUUUUUAUUUUAGGUCAAUGUUUGCUUAAAAAUGCUAGCCAAUGAUAUUUGAAUAUAUUGUGCAAUCAAAGUGAACGAGAA